AUUUUUUUAGUUGUUUUUAGCAAGCGUCGAAUAAAGAAGACGUUCUCUACUUCGGCUCCGCUUCCUGGUUUUCAACACCAUGGAAGCAUCAAUGCAGGCAACCUCUCCAACAACUGUGAAGAGUGAGAUACCACAACAAGGAUACCUCCACCGUGACUGUCAGACUCAUAAACCCUCUUAUGUGAAAACAAAGAACGAGGUUCAUGUCAAUUGGCCAUUUGAAUGCCAUUUGUGCCCUGAGAGCUUCUCGCUGAAGGAAACCCUGAACAAGCACCUGUGCACCCACACAGAUACAAGGACAUUUCAGUGUUCUUCAUGCCCUCGGAGCUUCUGGCAAAAGGUUCAUAUGAUAAGACACCUUCGCACCCACACAGGCGAGAGGCCAUUUCAGUGCACCUCAUGCCCUCGGAGCUUCGGGCAACAGGGUAAUUUGAAAAUACACCAGCGCAUCCACACAGAUGUGUGGCACUGGCAGAAGGAAAAUAUUAUAUUUGGACCCCCAUGCUGCAUCUUCUCCACAAUGUGCGAGGCAUCGAUGCAGGCGACCUCUCCAACAACUGUGAAGGUUGAGAUACCACAUCAAGGAUACUUCCACCGUGACUGUCAGACUGAUAAACCCUCUAAUGUUAAAACAAAGAACGAGGUUCAUGGCAGUUGGCCAUUUGAAUGCCAUUUGUGCCCUGAGAGCUUCUCGCUGAAGGAAACCCUGAACAAACACCUGUGCACCCACGCAGGUACAAGGACAUUUCAGUGUUCUUCAUGCCCUCGGAGCUUCUGGAGGAGGGUAGAUAUAAUAAGACACCUUCGCACCCACACAGGCGAGAGGCCAUUUCAGUGCCCCUCAUGCCCUCGAAGCUUCUCACAAAAAGUUCAUUUGAAAACACACCUGCGCACCCACACAGGCGAGAAGCCGUUUCAGUGCCCCUCAUGCCCUCGGAGUUUCAGGCAACGGUGUAAUUUGAAAGCACACCAGCGCAUCCACACAGGCGAGAGGCCACAUCAGUGCUCGUUAUGUCCUCGGAGGUUCUUACAAGGAGAUCAUUUGAAAAGACACCUGCGCACCCACACAGGCGAGAGGCCAUUUCAAUGCCCCUCAUGUCCUCAGAGUUUUAGGCAACGGGUUCAUUUGAAAGCACACCUUCGCAUCCACACAGACGAGAGGCCAUUAUAGACCCCUUUGGGCGCGUGGGGCUGCUCAUAAAAGUACGUCCUCAAAAAACAUCUGCACAUCCACACAGGCAAGAGGCCAUUUCCAUGCUCUGAAUGCCCUCAGAGCUUCUCACAGUGUUCCUCAAUGAUCACCUGUGCACCUACACAGGUGAGAGGCCAAUUUAGUGCCACUUGUGCCCUCAGACCUUUGUGCGUGAAAGCCACCUCAACAGGCACUUGUGCCACCAUAACUGCAAUUGACCAUUUCAGUGCUAGUUUUGCUGUAGGGGCCUCUCUGUAAGUGCGUAUUUGGCUUGGUGUUCCAGAACAUUUUGACAGUACUAAGAAAGUCUGAAGAUAGCUUUAAAACCGAGGUUCUAGUUAUCUUUGCGGUAAAGCAUGACAACUAUCUUGCGUCACUUUUUUAACCUUCCUGUGGAGUGUUCUGAACUGACCAAUCAAAUGUGCCGUAGGUUGGUUACAAGCUCAAGGAAUACUUGUGUAUCCUCACAUUAGAAUGACCGUACUGCUCCAUCAUCUUCUCCAAAUCCUUUUUGCAAGCCACUCACUGAACACACAUGAACGUUGCACCAUUAUACCACCAAGAAUGCCACCAGCCAUGUGAGGUGUAUUUUCCAUAUUAAAUGGAGUCUGAACAGGGAAUCUGCACAGAUGCGUGGUAUGGUGCAUGGCAUUCUGGUACAUUAGGAAGUGCAAGUGCUAUUGUUUGCUCUUAUUGAAGAACUGCUAAUUGACGUCGGAGAAUGUGCCACGAUCACCUAGCAGGUUGUUCUAUUAUGCUAAAAAAUCAUGAAACGCAAACCUGGACCUUAGGUGAAACAUGUUUGGAUGAUAACAUCGUACCUUAGUGAAGUAUAUAUUACGGUAGUUUUGAUGGCACUUGUGUUGGGAAUGAACAGAUUCUGAAUUGGCAAGUUGUUCCAUCUUGUUGAGACAGUAGCUGAGGCCAGCUAUAUAGGUGUUGUAGAGAUGUUUCUUGUAAUGAGCAUCGGCCUAUCACAGCGGCGAUAACUAUGUGAUUUUCUUUAUGUGAUGGCACAUAUGUGCGCACUUUGGUAUGUACAUAUUCUUUCUCAGAAGGGACGAUGCCAAUAGGAGCGUGAGUGAAGAGCUAUAGAUUGGCUGUUGUGUAGGGUUUAAUGACACAAGGUCCAGGCCUGGCCAAAAAGCAUCAAGCAAGUGACUGUGAGUCCUAAUGGCGAAAUGAAAAAUUAUAGGUGCUCAAAAGCUGUCAAGAGGGAGAAGUAGUGCUCAUGUUACUAACGGGUGCCUUGAGCAAUGGCAAUGCAUAAAAAUUUCCAGACGUCUCAGAUUAGGGUGCCAUAAAUCACACAGUGACUUUGUUUAUUUUGACAAGCUCUGUGCAUGUAGUAUUGUGACUGGAUGCUGGCCUUGAAAGUUCACUGUUAAAGCACCUAUGUUUUUUAUUUCUUGUAUGUAGAUUAAGUUGCUGGUAGGUGGCUUAUGUUGUGUUUGCUGUCACACUAUGCUCCACAGUCAUAAUUUGUAAUAUUGCUUUUUGUUAAUGGCUGUACCUCUGUUAAUUUUCUUGCAAAUGUGUGACUGGUGCCUUCAGAGUAUAUGGGUGUGUUCAUAUCAGCUCAACCGGCUAUGUCCAGUGACGACCAACCUUCUUAAUUUAGAUCAUAAAAUAUAUUUAGUUGCCUGAGUACCAAGAAUAACUAACCCAAAGUUACCUUUGCGAGAAAAGGAUCUGUCUUCAAGAAAAAGAAAUAUGGAAGUGCCCAAUCGGUCAGAAGCGCAUUCAGUGAGUUUUGCCAAAUCCCCAUUUUGAUUAGCUCCCCCCCAAAAAUUGUUGUGGGUUUGGCUCUAACAAUAUUUAUAGAUACAGUACGGGCCAGUAACAUUGCACGAAACAUUGCACAAUGGUGGCCAAAUUACAGAUUUUCCUUUCUCCGUAUUUGUAAAGAGCAUGUUUUUCAAAUUUCAUCUUGUGCUUAAAUGUUGUUGAAAGUUGAGCCAAAUAUACUUCCCUGCGUGGCACCAUUCUGUCCGGAGAAGUCCUCAAGUUUAGGUCUGUGAUUAAAUUAGCAGUACUUAAAAAAUAGAUUUAAAAAAUACCAUCCUUGAUUUUCUUGGAAAUUUUCCAAAUGAAGUCUUUGUCUUGAAUUAAUGCAAUCUGGUAAAAAUAUGUUGCGUCAUUUCUUGUCUUUCAGAAUUGUAAAGUGAGAAACGCGACCAAAUAAAUGGUAGCAUCUUUCUGCGACAUGCAGGGUCUGCGCAUGAUCAUGGUUGGAAGUUCCUUUCUUUCGUGGCACGGAAAUGCUCCAGCAUGGUUCUGAAAGCGAGGAAUGACAAAAGAGAAAAUGUCGGGGUGAAAACACUCGGUACGUUCAUAGACAGGAAUUGCAUAAUAUAUAUAUGUGUGUAGCAACAGAACCGUGGGGCAUUGCCGCACAGUUUGUGGUGCGUGCUCUUGAUGUCAGGCCUUUAAGAGCAUGUCCUGCACACAGUUCAUUAGAAACAGAAUGCUGAGUAUCCAAAAACAAUGUUUUUAGUUCUACACUGGUUAGUAACUUGGUCAGCGAGGGAGCUCACAGCAGAACUUGCAGUGAGCCAACACAUUAGGGGGUGCAUUGCAGACAACUGUGGGAAGUUGGUUUGUUUUUCUUGGCACUCAGGCAGCAAAGAAUAUUUUUUCUAUCUAAAUUCGAUAUGGUCACUGGACAUGCCUGACCGAACUGAUCUGGAUGCACCCUGAUUUUGUUUGGCGCACAAUAAGGUGGAAACUUUUUGUGUUAGGUUCAUAUUCUUGUAUCCUCUAGCUCCUAGUACGUGUGCGAGUUUUUCGAGCUUCUUUCAUUGAGAUCAUGGUUUCACCUUUAUCAUUGUCUUCUUGCAUAUAAGCUCUUCCUGGCUGCAAUUAAUUAAUCGUGUAUUACCGAAUUAGUUCUGUAAGUCUCUUUUCAGUUCAUUAAAUAUGUUACUGUUUUGCAUGUGUG